GUUAGAAAAAAGACUGUGACAGCAGAGAGAUAGGAAGUGGAAGUGGAGUACAGGAGGGGUGGACCCUGCACAAUAUUUCUGAGAUUUUGAUGUCAAGAGAGAGGAAGAGGGAGGGUGCAUUAUACUUGUGUAACCAGAGACAGAGAGGAGAAGAGGGAAAGGCCAGUGGGAAAGAAGACGAGCGAGAGGGAGAAACAAGAACAGAUUAAACAGAGAAACAGCGGAAAUCUGACACAGAAGGAGGGUAAGACAGAAAAUAGGAGCAAAUCUGCAUUUACUGGACAGGGGAAGAGUACUGUGUAGUUUAGCCUGAGCCAGGAGCAGACCAAUCUCUUCAGCACAUUUCCUGCCUAAACAUCAGCAUGGCUGACUCAGACCAAAAAGAAACUAAACUGUCCCCUCGUCCAGAGUUAAUUGAUUUCCAUGGUGUGUCAAUGACUCAUUACUUCACUGACAACUGGGACAAUGUGCAGAACUUCCAGGCAAAACCUGAUGAUAUUCUCAUUGCAACAUAUCCCAAAGCAGGUACAACCUGGGUGUCCCACAUGUUGGACCUUCUGUAUUUUGGGAAGACCUCCCCAGAGCGUGCAGCCUCACUGCCCAUCUAUGACAGAGUCCCAUUCCUGGAGAUUUGCGUCCCAUCUAUUCCCACAGGUGUAGAAUUGAUUGGAAAGAUGACUACAUCCCCUCGCCUCAUUAAAACCCACUUUCCAGUUCAGUUUGUGCCUAAAUCCUUUUGGGAACAAAAGUGUAGGGUUUUCUAUGUAGCCCGCAAUGCCAAGGACAAUGUUGUGUCCUACUUUCACUUUGACCGUAUGAAUUCUGUACAGCCAGAAUCUGGAGACUGGCCUAGUUACCUGCAGAGAUUCCAGUCGGGAAAAAUGGCAUUUGGCUCCUGGUAUGACCAUGUGAAAGGGUGGUGGGAGAAAAAGCAAUCUUACCCCAAUCUCCUCUAUCUACACUACGAAGAUCUAGCAGAGGAUAUUGACCGGGAGUUGGACCGCGUGUGCUCAUUCCUGGGUGUGCGCCCGACUGAGGAGGAGAGACGUCAGGUCAUAGGAGGAGUGGGAUUUGAUGCCAUGAAGAAGAACAGCAUGGCUAACUACUCGACUUUCGAAGCCAUGGACUUCAAAAUCUCUCCAUUCAUGCGGAAAGGGAAAGUUGGCGAUUGGAAGAAUCAUUUCACUGUGUAUCAGAAUGAAAUGUUUGACAAAGAGUACCAGGAGAAAAUGAGGAACACCACACUUCGUUUCCGGACAGAGAUUUAGGCUGGUGUCCAUCACCUAGUAAAUAAGCUUGGAUCUGGUCCAGGUGAUGUUAUACACAAACUCAAGGGUCAGCUGCAAAUAUAAUUCACAAAUACCCAUUCAUAAGAAGAUCUGUAGUAUGAUUUGUGUCAUUUACCUACUUUUAAACAAUGUUCACACAAAUCCUUAUGCUGCACAAUACUUGUAUUUCUUUAUUUUUUCUAUAUUUCAGCAAAAAUACCUUUACAAAAUUUGCUUUAUUUACACUUACAAUGAUUUGCAAAUGCACUCAAGGGACAAAUUCAAGAGUUACAUUUUAAGAUUCCACAAAUUUAUUUCAAGUUAGAUAUUUACAAUAAUUCAGCUGGAAAAAAUGAAUGACCGAAGGCUCUGUACCAUGGAAUAAGACUUCAGGUUUAAAUGUUCACAGAGUAUAGAAGAAGACACGUCACAGCACUGCACGUGCACGGUGGUCUGGACAGAAAGUACGGCAUGGUAACAAUCUUUAUAGCUAACGAUUACUGAUGGAAGACCAACCCCUGCUGCCACAGUAACAGAACAGCAUGUCUCACUGAACCAUGUUAACCAGUAAAGGACAAACGCCAAUGGCUCAUGUUCACAGCACUAUACAUCCUGGCACUUCACAUCAAAGGGUAAGGUCACACAAGCUCCAUCACAAGAGGAAUAGCUGAGCACCUUGUCACUAUGGGAAAAAAAGUUUUUUUCAGUCAGUUCCAACAGGGCGGCUGUGGCUUGUAUGCACUAAUAGAAACAAGUCUGAGUCUGCUAUAGAACACGAGCAAUGAGCAUGUCUGAUUACACCAAGACAAAUAUGUACAAGUCCCUGUAUCCCUGGUAUCAUUCACACUUCACUUAGUGUAGGUGAGUAGGUGCAAGAUUUACACAUCUUUCUUGAAAGGCAUUGAAGAUGGGCCAUCCGUCAAUAUUUCCACACUCCUCCCACAACUAACCACGGAAACAUGAAAGACAGGGGGUAGGAGUGGCUCUUGAUUGUCAUUCACAGUACCUUUUUUGUCCAUUUUAGAGCAUAUCAAUACUUACAGGUUUGUCAAAAAUAACAGCAUUUUAGAUCAUCUUAUAUUUUAUUGCCUUUUUUUCUUUCACCAUUAAAAAUAUUUACUUUGGGUUGUAGUGCAUUGAAAGUAUAAUACUUACAUUUGUCAUAAUUACCAAUACAUUAUAUGCAAUUGUAAUUGUCAGAAUUACUCAUCAAAAUUGUUUUUCAGUUUUUCAACUGUUUAACAGUCGAACAAGAAAUUAAUUUAUGUGCAAUCUUAUAGACACACAGCUGAGAUUUCUUUCCAUUGUUGAUUUUCUUAGUACAUCUCAACAAAUGAAUACCUUUUCUGUCAUUAGCUGGUGGAAUUUGUAUACACUGCGAUAAAGACAGAUCUUGUUUCACAGC